AUGGAGCUCUUCAUCAUCAUCAUCAUCUUCCUCCUUCUAAUCCCUAUCUUCAUCUUCUUCAUCUUCCCCAACCAUUCUUCGUCACAAUCCGGCUUUAAGGCGUACCCGAUCGUCGGAAGCCUACCUGGAUUGGUGAAAAACCGUCACCGUUUCCUCGACUGGACUGUAGAGACGCUAUCACAAUGCCCAACCCAGACGGCGAUUUUCCGGCGACCAGGGAAGCAACAAUUCGUCAUGACGGCGAAUCCAGCGAACGUCGAGCACAUCCUCAAGACCAAAUUCGAUAGUUUCCCUAAAGGCGAGCGAUUCAUCUCGAUUCUCGAGGAUUUCCUCGGCCGCGGGAUUUUCAACUCCGACGGCGACAUGUGGUGGAAACAGAGGAAGACGGCGAGCUACGAGUUCAGUACCAGAUCGCUCCGCGAUUUCGUCAUGACCAACGUCACCGUCGAAAUCAACACCAGGCUUGUUCCGGUGUUAGCAGAAGCCGCGGCGGCCGGAAAAUCGAUUGACCUACAAGACAUAUUGGAGCGAUUCGCGUUCGAUAACAUUUGCAAAUUAGCCUUCAACGUCGAUUCCGCUUGCCUCGGCGACGACGGAGCCGCCGGUGUAGACUUCAUGCGCGCAUUCGAAACGGCGGCGACGAUCAUCUCGCAGCGGUUUCAAUCCGUGAUUUCGUAUUCAUGGAAGAUAAAAAAGAAACUAAACAUUGGAUCAGAGAGAGUUCUUAGAGAAUCAAUCGUGACCGUCCAUAAAUUCGCCGACGAAAUCGUGCGUCACAGGAUUGAUCAAGGAAGAAAAUCAGACGAGGAUUUGCUUUCCCGGUUUAUCAACAUCGAGGAGAUGAAUUCGCCGGAGAUACUCCGUGACAUUGUCAUAAGCUUCAUCCUCGCGGGAAGAGACACGACGUCCUCUGCUUUGAGCUGGUUCUUUUGGUUGCUCUCUAAGCAUCCACAAGUAGAGAACAAGAUCAUCCAAGAACUAAACUCGAUCAGAGCAAGAACAGGGAAGCGAGUCGGAGAAGUUUACGGGUUUGAAGAUCUUAAAUUGAUGAAUUAUCUUCACGCAGCAAUAACAGAAUCGAUGAGGUUGUAUCCUCCUGUGCCUGUGGACACAAUGAGCUGUGCUGAGGACAAUGUGUUGCCUGAUGGAACGUUUGUAGGGGAAGCUUGGGGGAUAAGUUACAACGCGUAUGCGAUGGGGAGGAUGGAGAGUGUUUGGGGGAAAGAUUGUGAAGGGUUUGAGCCAGAGAGGUGGAUUGAUGAAACGAAUGGUGGGUUUAGAGGUGAGAGUCCUUAUAAGUUUCCUGUGUUUCACGCGGGACCUAGGAUGUGUUUAGGGAAAGAGAUGGCUUAUAUUCAGAUGAAAUCGAUUGUCGCAUCGGUGUUGGAGAGGUUUGUGGUUGAGGUUCCUGGGAAGAUGGAGCGUCCUGAGAUUCUCUUGUCAAUGACACUUAGAAUCAGAGGAGGUUUGUUUGUGAGUGUACACGAAAGAGCUUGA